CAGAAAUGGUUGCCCGGGAAGUGACCAUUUUUCAUUAUGAGGAGCGAGGAGGUUCAUUAUCGGCGGCAGAACCUCCUCCAGCCUGUGACCCAGCAGAGGACCUCCGCUGCAUCACCACAUCCUUCCAGUAUCUACGGACCUCAGGCUGGUAUUGGGGCUCCAUCUCAGCGGGUGAAGCUCGGGAAGCUCUCCUAAAAAAGUCUGAAGGAACAUUUCUGGUGCGGGACAGCAGUCAUCCUCAGUACAUGCUGGCCCUGUCGGUGAAGACCCGCUGUGGACCCACCAGUGUACGCAUAGAGUACAGCAGGGGGUCUUUCUGGCUAGACUCCAUUUCCCCAGGCCUGCCUCACCUGCAGUCCUUCCCAGAUGUUCUCAGCCUUAUACAACACUACACAGCCUCAGGCCACAUGCCGCAAGGUCCGGCGUCUAAUAACAUGCAUUCCCCAAAACAGCCUGACCCUGCCAAAUACAUGGCAAAGGACAGCGGAGUGCCUCUCAAGCUGACGCAGCCCCUGCACAAACCAGACGCUUUCCCUUCAUUGCAGCACCUGACGCGCAUCACCAUCAACAGACACACAAACUGGCCUGACCAACUGCCACUCCCAAAGCCUCUGCUGCACUACCUGCAUGACUAUCGUUUCCGCAUAUGAGUGUCUCUGUCCCUCUGGUGCAGGACACAAAGACAGGAAUGGGUCAGGGUCACACUCCAUGACCACACACAGUAAAUCUGGAACCCCAGGCAACAGUGAUGGCCCAGAAGGGGGAUAUUGAAAUUAAAAAGCUCAGUCUUACUACAGUGCUACAUUUGUUCUCCAGAAUAUUUUUUAUUAUUAUUAUUGUUCAUAUGUCUGUUUCUGCUACUGUAAAUUGAUUUAUUUCUAAAAUGCCAAAAUGUGAGUUUUUAUUUGUAUUUGUCUUAUUUCCCACCAGUAAAGAUAGUUGGUACAUCGUUUUUUGCAUGCUUCAGACUAGUGGUCCCAAUUGUUUUCACACAUUAGACAGACAUCUUUUUUUUACUUUGUAGCUCAUUUUGUAGAGCCUGAGGUUUGCAGGGUGUUAAACAAAGCAAUGUUUAUUCACUCUUAAUGAAAUCAGUGCACCUACUGAACCAUGAUUAGGCCAAAUGUGACCUCAUGUAACACUUUUGAUCACUGUUAAGUUCAUCACAAAAUCUCUUAAACAUUUCUUUUCAUUCUUUUUAUUUAGUGUUAUGGCUGUCCUGAUACAGCGUGUGUUUCGAUCAUUUGUUUGGAGUCAAGAGAAGACUACACAGAGAAUGUCACUGUAACUUCUUGUGUGUCCGGGUUUUAUGGACAUCAAAGCCAAUCACAGUAGAACUGAAGUAGUUGAGGGUACACUGAUACAACAUGCUAUUUCAGGCUGACAUUACAUGACAAGCAGACUGGAGGGCCAGAGGUGGGUGACAAAUGAUUUCAAAUGAUUUUACAAAAGAACCUAAGACUUUUAUUUUAUAUGUAUUCUUAAUUUGCAGAAUCAUUUUCCUACAAUCAGAUAUCUUCUUACAAAAUCAUUACCAUAAUGAAAGUUAAAGGCUAUUUGUGG